ACUAACCGUUGAUGUGUACUUAUACUUCACUUGCUCCCCAAGACGUCACCCGGAUGCAAACUCACUGACAACCGGCAUCAACCACCUUUCAUAUUCCUGCCCUGUCAACAAUUCAUCCAUGAACAAAAUGCCACCCUUCAAAAUCCUCAUCUUCACCCGCACAACCGCCUACCGCCACGCCUCCAUCCCAGCCGGCAUCCGCUGCAUCCAGCGCCUCGCUUCAAGUUCCCUCUCCUCCUCCCCAUCCUUAUCCUCACCGCAUGAAUUCCAAUUCACAGCCGACGCAACCGAAGACCCCACCGUCUUCACCCCCUCCACCCUAUCCACCUACCGCGUAAUCGUCCUCCUGCAAUGCUCCGGCGACGACAUGCUCCCCGACCCCACCCAACUGGACGCACUCCAGCAAUUUGUCCGGUCCGGCGGCGGGGUGGUGGGAGUGCAUUGUGCGAGUUUUGCCAUGCGGGGAUGGGAGUGGUAUGGCAAGAUGAUUGGAGGGGUGUUUGCGAAUCAUCCGGAGCCGCAGCGGGCCAGGGUGAGGGUUGUGGAUCAGGGGCAUUACAUCACCUCCGCUGGUACUACUCAGGCUACUACUGGUGAGGAUGGUGAGGGUGGUGAGGGUAUGGACGUGCAGUUGAAGGAGGGGAAGAGGAUGUGGAUGGAUGAGUGGUACAAUUUUACGUGUCAUCCAAGGGGGACGCAGCCGGGGUUGCAUGUGCUUCUCACGGUGGAUGAAGGGACGUAUUCUGGGGGGGAGCAUGGCGAGGAUCAUCCCAUCACGUGGUGCCAUGAGUUUGAGGGUGGGAGGGUGUUUUAUACCGCGCUGGGGCAUUUUGAUGAGGCGUAUGAGGAUGAGUGGUUUACCGAGCAGCUUCGGCGGGGGAUUAUCUGGGCUGCUAAGCUGGAUAAUUUCUAAUUAUGAGGGAGAUGUGGGUAGCUUUGAGGGAAGGUAGUAAGGCAAGGUCGGUUGGAGACGGACGGAACGGCAUGCGAUGACGCAUGGGAAGGGAAAUAAAUGUACCCUGUGUGUCUAUAUGUACGGUAUGUAUGUACGUCCCCCAAGCCCUGCUGAGGCUUUCGGAGAGAGUAAGGAUAUAAACUAUGUACAUGAAUUGGUUCAAAUCAUAUUUCUUUGGACGACUUCAAAUAUCCAACCCCCUAUCCCAUACAUCCAUCACGCCCUUAGAAAGGCGGGUUGGCGUUGGUCAGCAGCUGCUCAAAGUAGGCCUGGAACCACUGGCCGGCCUCGGGCGCCGGCUUGAGCGCGUCCUCGAGCCCGCAGUGGUAGUCGUAGCGCGCCGCGCUGGUGUUACUCGUGCCGUCCGACUCGCCGCCGGGCUUGACCCACACAAACGCGUCCUCG